AAAACUAUUGUCCUUAAAAUAUGAAAACUCACGAGGUUAGAUGCAAGAAAAUCUUGAUCAAAUCCAUCAAAAAACGUAUAUUUGCGAGUAAAAGAUAAAAUCAGUUGAACUCAAAAUUGACUACAAACAAACACAUUCCACACUUAAAUAUAAUUCAGCAAAAACUGUCUUUUUCAUAGAUGAAGUAAAUAUUUUGAUAUAUUUACGCAAUUAUUAUACCAAAAAAAUAACAAAAUCUGAAAAUAGAUGCGAAUUUCUCUUGGUUUAAUUUUCCCAUGGAUGCUACUCAAGAGUUGGCGCAACAAACUACAGGUAAAAAAGGAAUUAACACAAGACCAAGAGAAGACAAUGACCAUGAUAGUAAUUCCAUAGCCAACCACACCACCGCCGCCGCCACUUCCGCCACCGCCGCCGUCGCCACCACUUCUGCCACCGCCGCCGCCGCCACCACUUGCGCCAUCACCACCGCCACCGCCGCCGCCACCACCACCACCACCACCAAGAAAUUCCACUUGCCAAAUCUCAAACACUACCAAAAGUGGCUCCGAAUCACCAUCUACAUCCUCUCCCUCCUCAUCGGCCAAACAACCGCCACACUCUUAGGAAGACUCUACUUCGACAAAGGUGGUGACAGCAAAUGGAUGGCCACCUUUGUCCAAUCAGCUGGCUUUCCCAUCCUCCUCCCUCUCACACUCUUCUUCUCCUCCACAUCAACCACCACACUCCGGCGGCCGCCGUCGCUCCUUACCCUCACCGCCAUGUACAUUGCCUUCGGGUUGAUGUUAACCGGUGACAACUUGAUGUACUCUUAUGGACUACUCUAUUUACCCGUCUCAACGUACUCCUUGUUAUGUGCCUCUCAACUAGCCUUCAAUGCGGUCACUUCUUACUUCAUCAACGCGCAGAAAUUCACUGCACUUGUGGUUAACUCGAUUGUGAUACUAACCAUUUCGGUUAGCCUCUUAGCCAUCAAUGCCAAUAACGAAGGUGACACUACUACGAGCAAUAGUGAUGUUUCGAGGGAGAAAUAUAAGUACGCCGUUGGGUUUCUGUGUACCCUUGGUGCAUCCGCGACUUACUCAUUGUGGUUGUCAUUGACACAAUUCUCUUUCGAAAAGGUGAUAAAAGACGAGUCAUUUAACACCAUCGUAUGUAUGCAGCUUUACCCUUCGUUCGUGGCAACUUGUGGGUGUGUAGUAGGGCUCUUUGGUAGUGGAGAAUGGAGAACUUUAAAGGGGGAGAUGAGGGAUUACAAGAUGGGUGGGGUGUCCUAUGUGGUAACAUUAACUUUCACAGCUAUAAGUUGGCAAGUUUGUUCAUUAGGGUUAUUAGGGCUAAUUUUCGAGGUUUCUUCCCUAUUCUCUAACGUGAUUAGCACGUUAGGUUUGCCGUUGAUUCCGAUUUGCGCGGUCGUGUUCUUCCAUGAUACGAUGAAUGGUGUUAAGGUGAUAUCUUUGGUGCUUGCUAUGUGGGGAUUUCUUUCUUAUAUCUAUCAGCAUUACUUGGACACUAUUGAAGCUAAUGAUAAGGGAAGAAAACAAAAUGGGAACCACGAAAUUCGUGGUGGUAGCACAGAAAUGUGUUGAUUAGUAGAGAAAUUAAAAAUGUUAAGUAUGAAAUUUCUAUGAAUUUUCAUCAUCUUGCAUGACAAAUAAGUAGUAUUGUUGUAGAAGCAUGCAAUGUAUGCAUUUUCUCCAAGGCUAUUUCAAGUUUCUUUAGAA